ACAGAUAUCAGGCUACUUAUAUUGACCAUUUCUAUCCUGAAAAGAAUCACUUUUGUGUGUAAAGAUGGAGGAGUCUCGAACGAGCGGUCGCGGGCUUCCCUUCGCGUCCCUACUCUACAGUGAGCCCGGGGCCCUGGGACUCAUGGCCAACAUCAUGUCCGCUCUGAUUGUAGCCAUCAGUAACAUGGUGAUAGGAGACGAAACAAAACUCACUCUCGUUAUAGCAGGAGUCCAUUUGAUUGUGAUUGGAGGAUUUCUACAACUGGUCGCUGGUCUUUUGUCCUUCAGAAGAAAUGACCACCUUACGGGAACAGCGUUUGUGGUAUUUGCCUCCCUUUGGUCGUUCCAAGGAAUAACAUAUAUACUAACCACCGACAUACCAGAUCUACAUGGUGCCGCACUGUCUGGUCUGGUAGGCUACAUGGCUGUAGCGGUGUCUCUCUUUGUCUGCUCUCUUUUUGUUAAUUACAUAUUGCCUCCAGUUCUGGCGGCCAUGAUACUAACGCUGAUAUUUGAGGCAGUCGGCUUAUAUCAUGUGUGGGCAAAGAGGGUCGCUGCUGCCUUUGAGAUAGUCAUUGUCCUUACGGCGGUCUAUGCUGUCGUAGUCAUGACAACCAAAGGAGUCAGCCAGAGAUAUGUAUUACCUGGAUUUGGAAAUGCACCCAUCGACCCCCUUCUGAUCCAAACAUCUGCCAAAGGUAAGAAAAAGAACGAGAAGAAAAAGAACUCAAAGUAUGCCGAGCCGAUGGGUUUGGGGUACACCGCCAAUAUCGUCCCAGCUCUGGUACUGAGUUUUUAUAGCCUCGGAUACUUCACUGACUUCCGGCCCGCCAUGGGGGCCUUGAUGUGCAGCAGUCUUUGUCAUAUUGUGUCAAGUUAUUACGCCUUCCUCAGACAGGACUACUUCCAUUCUGUACAAUUCAUCACUUACUUUAUCUUCUGGAUCAGUCGGGGUGUCGGGGCGUUUCUCGUGACUUUUGACAUUAGUGGUGAUACAGACUCGAUGACAGGUUAUUACGGAUUGUGGGGUAUGGUGCUGGUCCUCGUUGCUUUGUUGGUAGUUUCGACCACACAGAGUGUAGUCGUUUUCCUAUACAAUCUACUUCUAACAAUCAUCGCAAUUCUCUCAGUGGAGCACAUACCUGGAUCAGCCCGUAACUACACGUUCGGUGUGUCGUCUGCUGUUCUUGCCCUCGUCAGCAUCUACAUCUCAAUUGCACAUCUACUGAACUCAGUGGCGGAGAAAGCCGUCGUCUACGUGGGGCCAGAAAUCAUAGCUGCCGAUAAACUUCAACGCACUUUUGCAUGUCUUCAGAAGACAGAGGAAAACGAGGGAUCGUCCUCUGCUCAUGACAAGGACCUGAAUGUGGUGGACUCUGUAGCCUUUCUUGGUAACAUGGUGGCCGCCAUUGCCUUAUCUCCCGCCGAGGUUUCGGAUGGAAAAAUUGCUCUACCCUGGCUUCUCGUAGCGGGAGUACUCACAAACUUUUACUGUGCUCGGCUUGCAUAUGCCGCAAGAAGUUUAGCUCGAGCGUUUAUGAUGGUGACGCUGGCACUUCUGUGGGGAACGUGGUCCCUGGUGUUUUUUGGAGGCAUCGAGGAGUCGCAGAUGAGGGGUGCGGCGAUAGGUGUGAUGUGUCUACACACAUGUGCCAUGCUGAUGACGACCACAUUCUCCAGGGUGUGGAUGGUAUUCAGUCUGAGUGUAGAGGUGAACAUCCUCGCCCUAGUGUUCCAAGUGUUCUCCAUCAGCAGUCAGUACAUGUGCCUUAUCACGUCACUUUUUGUAGGUUUGGUCGGGUUGUAUGGAACUCUCUCGGGUAUCCUGAAGGGAGUUAUUGACAGUGACGCGUUACCGACAGGUCAACCCGUCCUAAAGCCAAAAGUACAGAAGGAGGGGGAGAAAUUCCCUUGCCAACUGUUUCCCUCUCGAAAAGCUUCUGCCCUCUGGAGGGCCGCCAAACUCCUUGACGAAGGCCACGUGAUCGGUGUACCAACAGACACGGUAUACGCCCUAGCUUCAUCAUGUAAGGUGCCAAAGUCUGUAAGUGACAUCUACCACAUCAAGGGAAGGCCAUCAGAGAAACCGAUAUGUCUCUGUAUAUCUAACCUGGAACAAUUGAAAGACGCAAAUCCUCCAUUCAGCGUUCUACUGUGGAAGUUCAUGGAUGCCUGUUACCCCGGGGGAAUUACCUGUGUCGUACCCAAGGGGGAGUGGCUAGCGAGAUUAGGGGUGGGGGAUGCUGUAGAUUACAUUGGAACUAAAGAAAGUCUGGCCAUACGAGUACCAGACUCUUCGGUGCUGUCAUACCUAACAAGCAUUUCCGGUCCUGUGGCCUUGACCUCGGCCAACCCGAGCGGAGAACCUGACAGUUUACAUCAUGAUGCUGUUAUAGACACACUAGGACACAAAUUAGCGGCGGUAAUCUGUGAUGAUGAAUCUAACGAAAUAGUGGCCUCGACAGUGGUCAACUGUGCCAAGAUAGACGAAGGUGUGAUUUCCUACUUUCGGAUAGGCUGCGUACCGAAGGAGCAAGUUGACCAGUUAUUCGAACAGGUGAAAUCAGAAAUCAAUGGAGAAACGACUAAAGUUAACAUUAUCCAAUUAUCAGUGAAUAGUGUCUCAAUGAGUGGCGGCAGCAUGUCAGGUUAGCUAAAUCGCCAGGCGAGAGGAUACAUGUGGCUGUCUAUGCAGAUUUUGUAUUGUUAAAGUUGAUUUGUUGUUUAAAUUAUUGAUAUUAAAGUUUUGUUGAACAAA